AUCAAAAUAGCCUUCGACUCCAACAUGAGAUACUCAAUCCUUAUCCUUUUUCUCUCUUCACGCUUUGGAAACGCCGGUGUACUUGCUAGUCAUGCGGAAUGCAAAGAUAGUUGUGCGAGUGCCAUUGCCUCCAACGACAAUGAACCUACUCGUAGCAGUCUCUCGAUUGAUUGCGAUAUGUUCCUUGCAACAACCCUCUAUCUGACCAGCAGGUAUAUGAUUUUCCUCCCCCUCAAAUUGCCCAUUGCCACUUGGACUCAAAGUGCUGAUAAUAUCUCUCUGCAUAGUAUUCUCACCACCGCUACUGUUACAAUGAUCCAGAAUAAUGACGGCCAUAACAUGCUGGCGAACCAUGCAGAGGAAACGAUAUGGUCGGCUCAUCUGCACAGUGGAUCGCCCACGAUGAGUGUCCGGAAAGUAAUGCCAACCGAACCUCCGCAUUAUGUAGAGAGCUUGUGCCAUUAUCCUUCGGAUCCCAGGCCUCUUAUCAACGUUUAUGGUUCAGCUUGUGCUUGUGCUGGAGCAACCCCAACUUUAGCCAUAGCCCCAAUCUAUACUCAAGUCUAUACAAAGCAAGAAGAGCUCCGGGUGUCUCGCUUCAAGAUUCUUGCCAUCCCUCUAACAAAAGGGGCAACUAAGGGGUAUUUGAGUGUCAUGACGCACCAGUUCUCCUGGCUAGGUACAGGGGCCUUGGUUUUUGUUACAAACCAUUCUGAGCUAGCCAACGUGUUUGAGUUCACUCCAGACCAUCGGCUUCGGCUUUCUGGAACAGAUCUACUUUCAGCGAGCGAUGACGAGUUACCCGCCUUCGUACCACCGACGUCUCGCAACAAUGUGGGGUAUGGUGUUUUCCGCUUCUGGUCUCCUGAGCAUCCUCUACAUCCGAAAAUUCACGCACGGUCAUUUUAUAUUGAUUUACAAGCACAUCCUGGUCAAAGAGGGCUUCAAGUCAGAGCGCUUGUGAAUGCUAGUUUCGGCUCUGAAGUUAUUGCUGUUCAGAAUGAAGACACGCCAGUCGUAUUCUUACCAAUUGGACGAGAAACCCCAAACGCUGAAUCGGACUUUUUGGCCUCUCUUUAUACACUGGAGGCAAUUGAUUUUGAAAAGAUGCAAGAUUGAAGGCAUCCAUCCCAUGAAGCGUUUAAGGAUAGUUGGAAUGAAAAGGGGCGCUUGCGUGUCUGCACUAAAACUUGGUGAUGAGAGAUACCAGUGAGCGGGGAGUCACAACGGAAUCGACAUGCAGAGUAAUGGGCGUUCAUACGAUUAAACAUUCACAAGAAGCACUCAUAGAUGAAGAGCAGUUCCAGUUGAUUAGACUUAGCUAUAGGCCUUGAAACAUGGUUUUAAUAGUCUCUAGACUAUAGUAUUUCCAAAGCAAUAGCAGCAACCCACUGCAACAACCUAAACGAUUGACAAUAACUGGUAGCCAAUUGAUGGUCUACUAUGGUUUAAACCUCAAUAUUCAAAAUAUCCUCCUGCCUUCCUUCUACCUUGAAGGGAAGGACACAGCCCUACGUCUAGGUGCUGCCCGCAAAACUGUACAAACCAACAGCGACAGAU